CGGAUCCAUCUCUUUGACCCGCCCAUAGAUCCGGAUCCACUAUCCUCCUCCCGGGUCAGUCUUUAUUUUCUCAAUUUCUUCUCUUUCAUAAAAAGUGCCUCUUCUUCUACUUCCGGGUCUUUUCUUUUUUUCCAGAAAUUUUCGAUACAGAUUGAGAGAUUACAAGAUCCAUAUUGAAGAAGAAACCGUAAAAUGCUGAAGACAAGAGCAAUGUUUCCUCACAAAGAUCAAGCAAUGUCUCUGUCUUUGGAUCAACAAUCUGAUCUUCUUGUCGGACUCAACAACACCAGACCGAUCACUAACCCACUUGCUUUGAGUCUUUUGAUUGGUCUGAACAACAACAAGAAGUGUAUCUCAGAUUCUGAUUUUGUCCGGAGUCCCAAAUCUCCUCUUGAAUUUAGGAUCUUAUCUACAAUGGCUGAUUCAUUUUUCCUCAGAUCUCCUAGAUCAUCACUCACUGCUCAUCUUAACUGUUGUUGUGGUCCUGCUGCUAAAGUUGGUUUAAGCAUUGUUGAUUCUCUUGGUGAUGAUCGGUGUUUGUUACCAGAUGUUGUGUUUGGACCCGCCUUGAGGAUCAAAUGUUCGGAGGUUAAGAUGUUCCCUGUAGCCAAGUCUAUGAAGAUUGAAAAGGAAAGAUCUGGUGUUGUUUUCGAAAUCGGUGAUAACUCUUCUGAGGAUGAGCCGAUUGGGUUGAGAAACCGAUCCUUUUCUGCGAAUGAUUGUCUGCCAAAAACCCGAGUUCUGUCGCGAUCCAAGUUGGGCGCAGAAGGGGACUUCCCGGGGAGUGGUUCUGACAAUGCAUUCUCCUCUUGUCUAUCUGAGGAUGACAUGGAGGAUUAUACUUGUAUCAUUGCACAUGGUCCUAACCCGAAAACCACUCAUAUUUAUGGUGACCGAGUUUUAGAGUGUCACAAGAAUGAGUUGAAGGGAGAUGAUGAUUAUAAAGAGAAGAAUAUCGAAUCGGAGUUUGAUAACUUCCUCAGCAUCUGCAACUUCUGCAACAAGAAACUCGGAGGUGACGACGACAUAUAUAUGUACCGAGAGAAAUCAUUUUGCAGUGCAGAGUGUCGUUCAGAGGAGAUGAUGAUAGAUGAGGAUGACCAGGAAGAGCCGUGCAUAGCUAUGCAUGAAUCUUUAAAGAAGCUCUUCUGAACAAGAAGCAGCUAUGACGAUGGUCAUGGGACGAGCUUUUAUAGACCCGACCAUCGUCUUUUAACUACCUAAAGACUUAUUAUAUAUGUAUUGACUAGUACUGUCAUGCCAAUGUUAGGUAACAUGUGGCAUUAAACCCAUUCAUCCGUC